GAAUGCAAUGUGUGUGGAAAAGCUUUUCCUCAGAAGUCACGCGUCAUUAGACACCAGAGAAUCCACACAGGAGAAAAACCUUAUGAAUGUAGUGAGUGUGGAAAAGCUUUUACUACGAAUUCACACCUCAUUAGACAUCAGAGAAUCCACACUGGGAAAAAUCCUUAUAAAUGCAGUGAGUGUGGAAAAGCUUUUUCUCAAAAGUCAAGCUUAGUGAUACAUCAGAGGGUCCACACUGGGGAAAAACCUUAUGAAUGUAGCCAGUGUGGAAAAGCUUUUUCUCAUAAAUCAAGCGUUAUAGCACAUCAGAGAAUCCACACCGGGGCAAAACCUUAUGAAUGUAGUGAGUGUGGAAAAGCUUUUCCUCAAAAGCCACACCUCAUUAGACAUCAGAGAAUCCACACAGGAGAAAAACCUUAUGAAUGUAGUGAGUGUAGAAAAGCUUUUCCUCGGAAGUCACACCUCAUUAGACAUCAGAGAAUCCACACUGGGGAAAGACCUUAUGAAUGCAGUCAGUGUGGAAAAGCGUUUUGUCAGAAGUCAAGCAUUAGAACACAUCAGAGAACCCACACAGGGGAGAAACCUUAUGAAUGUAGCCAGUGUGGAAAAGCUUUUUCUCAGAAGUCUCAGCUAAUCAUACAUCAGAGAUCACACACAGGGGAGAAAGCUUAUGAAUGUAGCCAGUGUGGAAAAGCUUUUUCUCAGAAGUCUCAGCUAAUCAUACAUCAGAGAUUACACACAGGGGAGAAACCUUAUGAAUGUAGUGUGUGCCUUAAAGCCUUUCCUCAUCAGUCAGGAUUCCUUCAGCAUCAGCGAAUCCACACUGGGAACGAACCUUAUGAAUGUAGAGAGUGUGGAAAAGCUUUUACUCAUAAGUCAAACCUCAUUACUCAUCAGAGAAUCCACACUGGGGAAAAACCUUAUGAGUGUAGUGAGUGUGGAAAAGCUUUUUCUACUAAAUCAAGCAUUAUAUCACAUCACAGAAUCCACACUGGGGAAAAACCUUAUGAAUGUAGAGAGUGUGGAAAAGCUUUUACUCAGAAGUCAAACCUCAUUACACAUCAGAGAACCCACGGGGAAAAGCCUUAUGUAUGUAGUGAAUGUGGAAAUGCAUUUACCGAUCAGUCACGUUUUGUUAAACAUCACAAAAUCCACAGUAGGGAAGAGCCUUAUCAAUGUACUGAGUUUGGAAAAGCUUUUUCUCCAAAGUCAAGCCUAAUGAUACAUCAGAGUCCACACAGGGGAGAAACCUUAUAA